CGUGUAGAGGCCGCAUGUGUCGCCAUGUUGGUCUGGUGCUGUGUCGUCAGCGCGCUGCUGCUGGGGCCGGCGAGCGCCAACCCCGCGCCCCUACAGUCGGAGCAGCGGCCGCUGUCGCUGGUGUCGGAGCUGAGCUCGCGGCUGGGCGCGCUGCCCGCGCGGCUGCAGGACGCGCGCCUGCCGCUGCCCUCCUCGCAGGACCUGGACGCCAUCAAGAAAGUCGCGCAGAUUCUUGUCACGCUCGGACAGCAGGUAAUCCCUGGUAUCAUAGGCGAGCCGGUGCCGGCGCCCGGGAGCUGCGAGCCGGCGGGCGGCGGGGACGACGUGCCCAACGACCCCGUCACUAUAGACAGACAACCGGCCUAACUAGCAUAAUUUUCCAUCUUACUGAGUAACUAAAGCAUUUUGCUGCUCGCUUUUGAUUUUGCUUUGUACCAUUUCAAAAGAUAUAGCCUCUUUCUAUGGUACCAAACUAUUCAUACAAUCAGAUUUGUUGCUUCUAGACAUGGUUACUAGUUUGUAGUCCCUAGCAUGAUGAAUUGAUGACACAAUGGCCGCCUGACCUCUCCACACGUCGGGCUAGCUGGGGACUGUAUGAUUCAGUAAGAUUAUUAGGUACAGGUUUUUUAAGAAAAUUAUAGCAUUGUCCUUCUUAAUUACAUAGAAGCAGAAUUACAUAGUUACUGUAGGACUAGCAUGUGUUAUGUGUAAUAUUUAGUGUUAUGAGUUGUAGGUACUUGUAAGUAAGAUGCGGGCUUGUAUAAUAAUGUAGGUGUGUAAGUACAUAGCACGUCAGUACUAGCGGCAUCCGGAGAUAAUGUUCUUAGUCAAGGUAAAUAAAUAUUUGCAACAA